AUGUACCAAAGCCUGGCCAUGGCCGCCAACCACGGCCCCCCGCCCGGCGCCUACGAGACGGGCGGCCCGGGCGCCUUCAUGCACAGCGCGGGCGCCGCGUCCUCGCCCGUCUACGUGCCCACGCCGCGGGUGCCGUCCUCCGUGCUAGGCCUGUCGUACCUGCAGGGCGGAGGAGGGGGCGCUGCGUCCGGAGCCGCCUCGGGUGGCAGCUCCGGGGCCGCCCCGUCGGGUGCGGGACCCGGGACCCAGCAGGGCAGCCCGGGCUGGAGCCAGGCUGGAGCCGAGGGAGCCGCCUACACCCCGCCGCCCGUGUCCCCGCGCUUCUCCUUCCCGGGGACCACUGGGUCCCUAGCGGCCGCAGCCGCUGCCGCCGCCGCCCGGGAAGCCGCAGCCUACGGCACUGGGGGCGGGUCUGCGGGAGCCGGCCUGGCCGGCCGAGAGCAGUAUGGGCGUCCCGGCUUCGCGGGCUCCUACUCUAGCCCCUAUCCAGCCUACAUGGCCGACGUGGGUGCGUCCUGGGCCGCGGCUGCCGCCGCCUCCGCAGGCCCCUUCGACAGCCCUGUCCUGCACAGCCUGCCCGGACGGGCCAACCCUGCGCGACACCCCAAUCUCGUAGAUAUGUUUGAUGACUUCUCAGAGGGCAGAGAGUGUGUCAAUUGUGGGGCCAUGUCCACCCCACUCUGGAGGCGAGAUGGGACGGGACACUACCUGUGCAAUGCCUGUGGCCUCUACCACAAGAUGAAUGGCAUCAACCGACCCCUCAUUAAGCCUCAGCGCCGGCUGUCCGCUUCCCGCCGGGUAGGCCUUUCCUGUGCCAACUGCCAGACCACCACCACUACGCUGUGGCGCCGCAAUGCCGAGGGUGAACCUGUGUGCAAUGCCUGUGGCCUCUACAUGAAGCUCCAUGGGGUACCCAGGCCUCUUGCAAUGCGGAAGGAGGGAAUUCAAACCAGAAAACGAAAGCCCAAGAACCUGAAUAAAUCUAAGACAACAGCAGGUCCUCCUGGGGAGAGCCUCCCUCCCACUAGCAGUGCCUCCAGCAACUCCAGCAACGCCACCACCAGCAGCAGCAGCAGCAGUGAAGAGAUGCGCCCCAUCAAGACAGAGCCCGGGCUGUCCUCUCACUACGGGCACAGUACCUCCAUAUCCCAGGCAUUCUCUGUCAGUACUGUGUCCGGCCAUGGACCCUCCAUCCAUCCAGUGCUGUCGGCUCUGAAGCUCUCCCCACAAGGCUAUGCAUCUCCAGUCACUCAGACAUCACAGGCCAGCUCCAAGCAGGACUCUUGGAACAGCCUGGUCCUGGCUGACAGUCAUGGGGACAUAAUUACUGCGUAA